CUUGGCGAGAGAUCAAGCCAGUACGUACGUACAACUCCUAUUCCAAAUAUAUCAAGCAGUAGGAAAGAGAACCUAAUAUAUAGGAAAACCAUGCAAUAUCAUCGUUCAGCAGUCCAGUUGGCCAGGCGUGUCAUUAAGCCCUGCGAUGUGUUUAUUAAUCAUAGAGGGAUUGACACAAAGCGAACAAUAGCCACGUUGUUGUACGAUUAUCUGUCUCGGCUCAAUCUACGUCCCUUCUUGGACAACAAGAACAUGAAGCCUGGAGACAAAUUGUUUGAAAAAAUUGAUACUGCAAUACAUGGCUGUAAGAUUGGUGUUGCUCUCUUCUCGCCUAACUACUGCAAGUCGUAUUUCUGUCUGCACGAACUGGCUCUCUUCAUGGAGUCCAAGAAGAAGGUCAUCCCUAUCUUUUGUGACAUUAAGCCGUCUCAGCUGCGUGUUCCACGUAAUGGAGUUUGUGCGGAGAGCGAGCUCCGGAGGUUUAACUGGGCUCUCGAAGAGGCCAAGCACACCGUCGGGCUUACGUUCGACUCCUUCAAAGGGAACUUCACAGAUGUUGUAACAAGCACCUCGGAAAUUGUGAUCAAGAGCUUGAUAGAGCUUGAGAAUGAUGAGCAGAUCAUCAUGAAGCGUCGACGGAAAUCUCCCCUCUCUUCAUAAAUGACAUCGACAACUGAUCAUUCUUCAUCAUCUCUCCUAUUAAUGGGUGGUUCUGCAUCGUUUUUGUUCAAUAUCGAUUUCUUUCGGUCUUUAAGCCAAAUUUCAUUCUUUGUAACAGGGAAUUAACUAUUUUUUUAUUUAUCAAAA